AUGAUAUUACCAUUGCAAAAGAAAGAUCCUGAGCUAUGGUUCUACCUAAAGAAACAUAAGAUGUUGGCACUAUUCGAGUGUAUUCUGUCAGGGCUAAUAGUUGAAUGUCCAGAAGAUCCAAAAGGGUUUAUCAUUGAGAAAAUAAAGAGCCUACAAGGGCAAGAAAUAAAUGCUCAACUGAUAUGGGAUAUGUUCAUAAGUGAAGAGAACAAGCCUAAAGAAAGUAUGAUUAAAAGCUCUUGGAUUGAUUCAAUAUUUGAUUUAGAUUUUGAAGAAGAUAACCAGCCAACACCAGAAAUGUACUACACUGCAUAUACAUUCUAUAAUACCUACUUAACGGUCAAAGCUAUUAAGGGAUGGAAAUUAUUUCAUCAAUAUCAAAAGGAAAAAAAAUUGGAAAUCGAUAAUCGGUAUCGUAAAGCACGCCAUUGGCACCGAAAGCGAGUUAAAUGGCAAAUUUUGAUUAAAUGGCAUGUAUCCUAA